AUGAUGAUACUUGAUGGUUGCUUUGUAAUUGAACCGUUCUGGAAGUACCCUUCUGAUGAGGAACAUAUUGACGCAAAUGACCCCAUCUUCAACAUGGAUUUCAUGUUCCAAUAUCUCUGCCACGACCUGUUGCUGCUAGAAAAUCAGCUACCUUGGUUUGUUCUCCAGCAUUUAUAUGACCUUACCCUCGACCCCAAUGAACCUGAUCGCUCCCUGUCAUGCUCAGUCUUCACCUCACAAAAACCACUGAACCAUAGCUGCGACUCCUAA